AACAGACGCUGUCCAGUACUGUGGAGAUGUUGACUUUACAUACUUCCUUUUUUCUUUUCAAAUGCAUGUUUUCGAGAUUCAAAGACGAGAUCUUCAUUCUUCACACAUCACUAAGUUGAGUUUUCAAAGAUGUUGCUUUCAUUAUUCAAGCUUCUUUCUCUCUUUUGAAUUCUUCGCCUGAUUCAAGACUAUCAAUGGAAGUAAAAUGUUUUUAUUUUUUUCGUAAGGAUUAGGUAUUACAUCUGCAGACGUCCUACAUUGCUUGAUAGAAAGAUUAGUCGUGCCUUCUCGUUUUGGUGAACUCUAUUCUCUUCUUAGAAGCAAACCUAGGAACUGUUCCCCACCAAAAAAAUCUUUUUCGUCUUAAACAUGUUUGUUUUGAGCAAAAACAGUGGCAGCAACAUGGACACCCCAUCUUUCCAUGACUUGAAAAGACAAGCUUCUUUCUUCUUCAGAGAGAAAAUCAAGACUGCUAGAUUGGUUCUCACAGAUGCCACACCUGCACAACUAAUGACAGAAGAAGCUACAAGUGGAAACACAUGGGCUCCAGACACGCCUACCCUGCGUUCCAUUUCAAGGGCUGCUUUUGAAAUAGAUGAUUAUACGAGAAUUGUGGAAAUCCUGCACAAAAGAUUCUUGAAAUUUGAAAGAAAGAACUGGAGGGUCUCUUACAAUUCCCUGAUUGUACUUGAGCGCUUGUUAACCCAUGGACCAGAGAGUGUAGCAGGAGAAUUUCGAAGUGAUAAAGAUGCUAUUGGUGAAAUGGAGAGCUUUCACUAUAUUGACGAGAAAGGAUUUGAUUGGGGCCUUGCUGUUAGAAAGAAAUCAAAAAGAAUACUGAAGCUGCUUGAGAAAGGCCCUCUUCUCAAAGAAGAGAGAGACAGAGCUCGGAAUGUAACAAGAGGGAUUCAAGGUUUUGGGAGCUUUAGCAAUCUGUCAUCUCCAGCAAAAGGCAUGCUAACUGAAUCAUCCUCAGUAACAACACUCGGGAGGUCUAAUUCUCAAUUCGACAAUGAAGAAAAUCAGGAAAACCAGUUUUCAAUCUCAAACAAAGGGUUGCCCAAAGAAGUUAAAAAAUCACAGCAAAGCCAUGAGGUUGUAAUGUUCCAGUCUGGAAAUGAAGUGGUGAAUGAGAGAUCUUGGGACAGUUUGUGCAAUUGCCAGGUGCAUGAGAAAGAUGGAACUCUGACGAGUUACAAAGAAAACAUGGUUCCUAAAAAGGAAAAGUUGCACAGAUGGAACUUCACAGGAGAGUCUAACCCGCUUCUGGAUGGUAAGAAUAAUGAACCCAGAAUUGAGAUGUCCGUGGAAGAGGAUCAUCCCUUUACUGGCACUGAGAAUCAAACCACUGCCUCCCUGCUUAUGCAGAUUCCACAGAAAUAGAGUAUAUUAGGAUCCAUAAUCAGUUAACUAGCUGAGUUUUGAUUCUUCCUGUUUAUGCUUGUCAAAAUCAAGAGAGAAAUUGUCAUUAAGCUUCUAAUUAGAAACUCUUAUCAAGAUUGGUUUGAUCAGAUAAA